CAACAAGCUGGGAACAAGCAGUGCGAACACAUCCUGUUGACAAGUUGUUGGAACAGCAUUGCUACAAGUCUGAUGCAGGUUUGUUACAACUUGUGAGAUCAAACCAUGUCCAUGGGUAGAUGCAGCCGACGGUCCAACCUCGGCGACUUUCGACUGUUUACGAUAAAAGCCGACGAGUUGGCCAACAUGGCAGUCCCUGCACAAAGACAUCAACUUUCUGACCAUGUUUUAUUUGAACACAGUGAGAAAGAAUUGCAUGGCAUCGUCUUGCCAGAUAACAGAAUUACUGCCGAGGGCCAUGUGUCGAGCAUGGAGCAAUAUCAAGAAAUGUACAAACGCUCCGUCGAAAACCCCGAGGCAUUUUGGCAAGAGAUUGCAGAACAGUUCCAUUGGCACAAACCUCCGACUUCGUUCUUGUCCUACAACUUUAAUGUGGAAGAUGGACCUAUUUUUGUCAAGUGGAUGGAAGGCGCACAGACUAAUAUUUGUUAUAAUGUCCUAGAUAGGAUUGUCAAAGAUCAAAAUGGCGAGAAUACGGUUGCCUUUUAUUGGUGAGUAUGCUUCGUUGCACAAAGAUAGUGUACUGUACGUUUGUAAAUAUAUUUAAUACAGUAAUACGAUGAGGUUGUUAAAGGAUUUAUUUCCUGUAUAAUUUGCAAGGCUUUGGAUAUAUGCCUUUUGCAACAAAGUGAAUUAGUUUUAUAUUGCAAAUUGUGUAAUAUUUUUUAAUCAAAUGUGGCGGCAAUAGUUCAAUAUUAGUUCAACAGCAUAAUGCGUUGGAAGAUAAGGGAAUUUACCUAUAAUUACAUAAGUACCCAGAUUAUACACGAUAUAAAUGGUUCGCUUUUCACAACAUCGAAUUCAACCAUUCCAGGAACCAUUUAACACCUGAAAUUGCGAUUAUAUGACAAAAUAAAUACGACAAAAAUUGUGAAUGAGGAAAGUUUUAUGAGGGGACAUUAUUCCAGAAUGACAUUUAAUAUUCUUGAACAGUGAAUCUCGUAUUGUUUUAUAACUGGGGAUUUUGCUUUUGAAAUAGAAAAUGCAUGCACAGGACCUUUCGUGCACACAGCAUAAAAUAUAGUCUGGGUUGUACGGCCAGAUUUGUCAAUUGACAUUUCAACUUGAAUAUAUAAAUGUGAAUAUGAUUGCCCCUAAUGCCAUCUUUGGGCAAGGCGGCGCCAGGUACCAGUUCAAACGUACGAAAUGCAAACUAACAACACAUAGGCGUAUGGGAGGGGGGGGGGGGGGGGGAGGAAGAAAUUUGCCAGACUUUUUUGUCUUUUGUCUGACUUAUCAAAAAAAAUAUUUCUAUGCUAAACUUCGACAGAAUGUUUACAUGUUGUCGUUAUCUCUACCAGGGAAGGCAAUUACCCAGGAGAUUGCAACGAGAUCACAUAUGGACAGUUAUUGGUCGAAGUUUGCAAGUUUGCAAAUGUUCUCAAGGCAAAAGGUGGGUAUUGGCUCAGAAAAUAUCCACGCCUUCCCCACGGAGGAAAUUGGAAGUUAACCUUCCUACCCCCUUUGGAUGUUCUAAUACACUUAAAUACUAUUAUCAGAAACAAUUUUUUCUGUCCUCCCCCACUGGACGGCAGAAGUUUCCUCUGUGGGGGCAUGAGCUGUUGAGAUAUGGUGGUUAUUUGGCAUUAUGUACAUCAGAUGAACACAUGUACAAUAUGAGGCUUGUGUUUUGAACAUGUUUAGGAGUGAAAAAAGGUGACAGGGUUGCCAUUUACCUCCCGAUGAUUAUUGAACUGGUGAUUGCGAUGUUGGCGUGUGCAAGAAUUGGCGCUGUUCAUUCCAUUGUGGUAAAUUAAUACUAGAUAGAUAGAUAGAUAAAUACUUGCA